AUGGCAGCAGUCACCAUGCCCACGACCGCCACCCUCCCUGUUUCCAAUGGGCUUGGUGCCGCUGCCUUGGACAAUCAAGAAUCCAUGUCCCAGUCACUUCCCCUGCCGCCUCAAGUCCAUACCCCUCCCACGACGGACGAGGGGAGUCAUAAGGAUGAUGACGCAGCCUCGAGUUCCUCCCUGUCCGAAUUGGAUGACGACAUUGAAGAUGAGGAAAACAGAAUGAGAUUUGAGGAGGCCGCCCGCGCGGGCGCGGAAGCCGAACAGUUUUCGGAGGUCAAACCGGACAGAUAUGAGAAUGGGGUGCCCAUCUUCACUCCAACAAUGGCCCAGUUCAAGGACUUCCAAAGAUACGUCAAGGGUGUGGACCCUUACGGCAUGCAGUCCGGUAUCGUCCUCAUCGAUCCUCCUGAAGAAUGGAAGCGCGCGCGGAAGCCUCUGGACGAAAUGGUCAAGACCAUCAGGAUUAAAAAUCCCAUUACCCAGGAGUUCCAUGGUGCCCAAGGGAUCUACACACAGAGGAAUAUGGAGAAGAUGAGGUCUUACAAUCUCCCACAAUGGAAAUCUGUCUGCGAGCAAACCGAGAACCAGCCACCCGCCAAGCGUGGUGAGAAGCGCCUCAACGCCGAUAAAUUAUUGGGACGUGGCACUGCUCGUAGCAGAAAAACUGAAGCAUCGGCGACGCCCGAGGCGGCCAAAAGAGCCUCCAGUCGUGCCAAAUCCAUUCCUAUCAAAGAAGAGCCAUCUGAUCACGAUUCCACCCUUCUUGCCCCUCCCACUCCGACCAGUCCUGAGGUGAAACCAGCUGCCCUGGACAAUGAGGCAGAUGAUGAGGCCGCUUCCUCAACUGCGGACCCGACGCCGACCAAAGCCAAGAGAGGGAGAGGCAGACCAGUAGGCACGGGCAGGCCACGAGGACGGCCGCCUAAAGAUGCCAGCAAGAAGGAAACUUCAAGCGUCGGCAAAGGGGCAGAGACCACCGUUGCCGCUCGUCGACUGCGAAAUGCCCGCGAGGCCAUUGAUGAAAUCGACGAAGAGGCCUUCCAAAAUUUCGAUUAUCGGGUAUAUGAUAACGAGCAGUGGACACCUGAGCGCUGCGAUGAACUCGAAGAGAAAUACUGGAAAAGCCUCAACUUCAGCAACCCAAUGUAUGCCGCUGACAUGCCGGGCUCUCUGUUUGACGACGAUACUAAGGAAUGGAAUGUCGCAAAACUACCAAACUUACUGGAUCUUCUUGGUCAACCUAUCCCUGGUGUCAAUACCGCAUACCUGUACCUGGGCAUGUGGCGGGCGACUUUUGCCUGGCAUCUGGAAGAUGUGGAUCUUUACAGCAUAAACUACAUCCAUUUCGGCGCCCCGAAGCAAUGGUACAGCAUAUCUCAAAAAGAUGCUCCCAAAUUUGAAGCGGCUAUGAAGUCUAUCUGGUCGUCAGACGCCAAGGACUGCGAUCAGUUCUUGCGUCACAAAACUUACCUCGUCUCGCCUGCAAUCCUCAAAUCCAAGUUUGGGGUCAAUGUCAACAAAGUCGUCCAUCGAGAAGGCCAAUUUGUAAUCACCUUCCCCAUCGGGUAUCAUUCCGGUUACAAUCUGGGUUACAACUGCGCAGAGUCUGUUAACUUCGCCAUUGAAAACUGGUUGCAGUAUGGAAAGACGGCACGAAAGUGCCAGUGCGAAGCCGACAGCGUCUUCAUUGAUGUGGACUGGUUUAUCCGAAGGAUGAAUGGCGAGCCUACACCCGAGUUCGAAGAAGUUGAGGUCACUGACGAUGAAGAUGAGGAUGAACCAGCAGACCUACCGACACCUCCUAGCAGCGACAGAGGUAGAAUCAAGAUCCCACAGAAGAGGAAACGUGCCAUGAAGGAGCUCGGACCAAACAAAAAAGCCAAGAAGAUCAUCAAAAUAAGGAAAGUCAGCAAGACCCAGCCUUGUUGUUUGUGUCCGAAUGAUUUCUCCUGGGAGGAGCUUCUGCCGACGACGCAAGGUCAGCGUGCUCAUCGAACUUGCGCUAUGUACACGCCGGAAACCUACAUCGCCAGCACAGACGGCAAGGAAAUGGUGUACAAUGUCGAAAACAUUAGCAAAGACCGUCUGGAACUCAAAUGCCACGAGUGUCGGCAGCGGAAAGGCUCGUGCUUCCAGUGCUCGUCGGCGAAAUGCACUAAGUCGUACCACGCAACUUGUGCCAUGCAAGCUGGUGUUCAAGUUGACAAGGGCGAAAUCGCUGUUUGGCACGAAGGAGUGGAGUAUCGCGACAUCGGUUUCGAUUGGAGAUGUCGUCUGCAUCGUACCGUCAAACGCACCAGACUUACGAGUGAACUUUCCGUUUGCAACCACGCAAACAGCUGCUGGCAGAACGCUGAGUUUCGACGCUUUCUUUCCGGGCUUAAGGAAGGAGAGCUCAUUCAGUUCCAAGCUACGAAUCUCGACGACAUUGAGGCUGGCCUGGUCAUUUCUGGCUACGAUGAAGGUCAAGACUCAGUUCUUGUCAAGAUCCUACCAGAUCUAAAACAGGUGAAGGAAGUAGAUCCCACCUCGAUACUAUUUGUCGACUCUGCGGCCUCAUAUUUACAAAAGCCAAGUGCAGGUGCGCUCGACCUCCCGGAAGAGCUCCAAGGCAAGACUGCUUCUCUCCCCGAAUCCACAGAGAAGAAGCCAAGUCCUGGCUACCUGUUUACUGAAGAGCCCAGGACCGAAUGGGCGGAGUUUGUCUGUUCUCUCCCUCCUGUUAACAAAGCACAGAAGCCUGUUGACCUGGGCAAGGAAAAACAUUUGUGGUUGUACCUUGGAGAGAAGUCCUCAGAAGCAAAAGCAUUCUAUACGGCUGAUCCUGAAAACCCGGUACACGAUCCUGCAUCGAACUUCCUCGACCUUGUAAUGCCUCCCAAAAGAACAAUGGCGCCACCACCUCAACCUAAGCGUCAAGGACUCUCUGCUUCACACCCACUGGCCAACUUUGCCGCCAAAAAUGCUGCAAUGGCCAGCAUCAGGCAGACUGUGGAUAAGCAGCCUCUGCAGCGUUCAGUUCUCCCGGGAACAUUCAGCGGCACAACACAAGAUCUCACGCUGGGAAGCUCGAAAGCCAGGGCAAUCAAGGCCAGUCAGAUUAAACCGUCGCAGUAUAAAGACAUUGUGACUGGCCAAGAAGCUCGGCUGAACGAGCAGGCGCGGAUUUUCCAGCGUCAGCAAGUCAAGGCUCGGCAAUUGGACGCUGCAGAGAGCUCCACCAGUUCCGUCCGUCGCCCUAGCAUAGGGAUUGACCAUGAUGCUGUCCAACGCCAGAGACACUUCCAACAGCAGGCAUCACAGCAUGCGAAGCACAUGAAGGAGUGGUCAAAUGAUCCGUCACUGCCGCCUCUCGAGCCGUACGUGCCUUUUCAAAGCUUCACUAACAUCGACAGUACUGGUCGUUACGGUCCUACGAUGAUGAGUUCAAACCUCAGGUCGCAACAAUACGAAUACAGCAGCGACUGGAUGAGUCCAAGCUCCACAAGUCGGAGCCCAGCUUUCGGACACGCUCAAAAUUCGGGUCUCAACUCCAUGCUUUCGUCCCCAUAUGGUCGACCCCAGUCUCCAGUCACCUCUCCCUUCCCUUCAUAUGUCCAACAGUCCCACCUUCAGUACUCGUAUCAUGGCAGUUCGAAUCAUCACAGCCCCCCAGGAUCUUCCGCUUCAGGCACUCCUUAUCAACAGUCCCGCAUCGACACGAUCCGCGCAGCCGCAAGCCAGCCACCUCCCCCUCCACCCUCUGCCGAAGUCGAACGCCAACGGCGGAUUUCCAACCCGGCUUACCCUUUCAAAAGCCCAGAUCAAAUCAAGGCUCAAAAGGAAGCAGAGAAGCAUUCUCCACCGGGCAGCAGACCGAGCAGCUCCUACAUGAUUCCCAGUCCCGGUCUGCAGCAGCAUGAAGCAUCGCCCUCUUUUAUGCAGCAUGCAGGGUCAUCCGCUGCAAGUCCCUCAAUGCAACCACUUGACCCGCAGAAUCCGCCUCAGUUUAUCAACCCAAACGCAACGCAGAUCAGUCCAACCGGGUCCAGUGCUGGACAUCGCUCUGCGAGGGGAAGUUUCUCUGGAUUGGGCUUGGAUUCAACCGUCCCUCUGCCUUUAACUCACAUGGGUUUGAAAAGGACUUCUUCAAUGGACAUGAUGGAUCUCGAUAUGAUUCACGACAUGGCGCCCUUUCCUGCUGCGAGUAUUAAUCCACUACAAAUCAGCAAUUACAUCCCCAAGCGAUCGAUUUACGAUCCACUGAACGCGACUGUCCAUGGCGGCAUAAGGCAACAAAAGCCUCAACUGCUUCCAAAACCGAUACUCCCGCAUGCCUCGGCAAUCCAAAUUGCUCCUCUACCCCCUAUGGCCGAUCCGUCCGCUGUCCUCGUCCAGUCUCUUGAAAAACGUCCACUCGGGCCAACCGGCUUGCUGCUCAACGAUCGUCCCAUCCCAAAGCAGCUAAGUGAUUGGUUCGGAAGGGGUGGAUUUUGGGCGAGGGUUGCGGGGUACUAUAUCCAAAAGCACAAUGGGAUGGCCAGUGUUUAUAGGAGUCCGUUCAUUGCGGUCAAGGACAAGGUCGGGCUGGACAGUUGGGAAGGGGGCUUAGCGGAAAGGUACUACGACAAUCUAGAGCUGUCUGAAAGAGAAAGCAUUGAUGCUGUGAGAGACGGAAAGGCACAGCCAUGA